AUGCAAACCAAAACCCUGAUAGCUCACCCUCCUCACUCCUGUCUCCUCCAAAUCCCCACCCACAGCUCUCGUUCCAAACCUUCGCUCUUCUUCAGCAAUCCAUCUCUCUCCUUCACUUCACGCGUUACCCACACACUUCGCCUCCCAAAACUACUCUUCUCGGCUCCAGUACGACGUCGUAAUGGGUUCACCACAGGUUGCAUUAGCGAAAACCUCGACGAUAGCGCCGGAAAUCGUAGCGUAGAAGAUGGGGAAGAUGAUGCUUCGGUGUCUGGAGAAGUUGUGGAGGUGAAGAAGGAAGAGUUGGAGAAUCCGAGUCUAUGGAAUCAAAUGAAGGAGAUUGCAAUGUUUACGGGACCCGCCACAGGGCUCUGGAUAUGUGGCCCACUUAUGAGUCUCAUAGAUACUGUGGUCAUUGGUCAGGGAAGCUCUAUUGAGCUUGCUGCUUUAGGCCCUGGAACUGUAUUGUGUGAUUAUAUGAGCUAUGUGUUCAUGUUCCUUUCUAUUGCAACUUCAAACAUGGUUGCCACUUCGCUUGCAAGACAGGAUAAAAAUGAAGUGCAACAUCAGAUAUCUAAUUUGCUCUUUGUUGGAUUGACCUGUGGCAUCUUAAUGCUUUUAUUUACAAGGUUAUUUGGUUCAUGGGCACUAACGGCCUUUUCUGGGUCAAAGAAUGUGGAACUUAUUUCUGCAGCAAAUACAUAUGUUCAGAUACGAGGAUUGGCAUGGCCUGCACUUCUUGUUGGUUGGGUUACUCAGAGUGCAAGUCUUGGCAUGAAAGAUUCCUGGGGUCCUUUGAAGGCCUUGGCUGUAGCUAGUGCCAUAAAUGCUGUUGGUGAUGUGCUCCUGUGUAGCUUCUUAGGCUAUGGUAUUGCUGGUGCAGCAUGGGCAACAAUGGUGUCACAGGUUGUUGCAGGAUAUAUGAUGAUUGAAGCUCUCAACAAUAAAGGAUACAACGGCUAUGCAAUCUCUGUUCCCUCAUCCAAGGAACUUCUGACAGUACUUGGGCUUGCUGCUCCAGUAUUUGUGACAAUGAUGUCGAAGGUUGCUUUCUACUCCCUCCUUGUAUAUUUUGCAACAUCUAUGGGAACAAAUACCAUGGCUGCUCAUCAGGUCAUGAUUCAAACAUUCUGCAUGUGUACGGUGUGGGGUGAACCUCUCUCUCAAACUGCACAAUCAUUUAUGCCUGAGUUUAUAUAUGGAGUAAAUCGUAGUUUGGCAAAGGCUCGAAUGCUGCUGAAGUCACUUGUCAUCAUUGGAGGUAUGCUUGGUUCGGUAUUGGGUAUCAUUGGAACAUGUGUUCCAUGGUUGUUUCCCAAUAUCUUUACACCUGAUCAGAAGAUCAUACAGGAGAUGCAUAAGGUGCUGAUACCAUAUUUUCUUGCAUUAGCUGUGACUCCCCCCACUCACAGCCUUGAGGGAACAUUGCUGGCUGGACGAGAUCUAAAAUUUAUUAGUCUGUCCAUGAGCGGAUGCUUCUCUUUAGGUGGACUUCUAUUGCUGCUGUUGAGCAGUAGAGGAUAUGGCUUAGCAGGCUGCUGGUGGGCACUGGUAGCAUUCCAAUGGACGCGGUUUUUCCUCUCUCUACGACGUCUGAUAUCCCCCGAUGGCAUUCUUUUCUCUGAAGAUAUGAGCCACUACAAAUUGGAAAGAGCUAUGCGCAAUAUCCCAGUGGCCAAAAAUGAGGUUGGCACUAUUCUUGUGUCUAGGAACGUUCAAGGUUCUACUUCAAGAUCCAAUGAGCAGAUGGAAGCAAUGUUGGCGUCAAGAAAACAGAAAAGAGAAGCUCCAUACAUAAAUGACUAG